AUGAAUGAAGAAAGGAAUAAUUUAUUGAAACAAUUGCAUAUCCACUUGCUUUUGCUCAGUCCGUACCCAUCUUUCAAAAAAUUGGUGAAUAUUUCAAAAUUUGAGGCCGAUGAGCAGCUUAAAGUGCUAGUAGAACCAGCGGAGUUGAUCCUCAAAGGUUACUCAAGCAAAGUGCUUAGUUUACCAAUAUAUCAUGAUAUCAUCCCGGUAGAAACCCUUCCUGCCAUUUAUGCCAACAAGAAAGAUAUAAAUUCAUCGAUCAGAGAGUUCUCCAAAUCACUAGUUGAUAAUUCCAGCUAUCCAGAUCAAGAAGUAUGGAGAUCGUUGGUGUUGAUCUAUGCCAUUGCCUUGGGUCAAUGUUUUGUACAACUAAACUACACCGGUCCUUCAAUCCAGAAUUUGGAUUCCCAUGAAAUGUUUUUUGCCGGUAUUGAAAACUCAAACGACUUUCAUCGUGAGGUCCUUGCCUCGCUCGAAUUACAAGGGUUGGCCCCAUAUGAAUUAUGCGAUGAUCCGAUUUUGUUGGUUAUGUCACUUCAUAUCUUUGAAGCUUUGUUGGAUAGUACUUCUUGGACGUUAUUAGGAAAAUCUGAUUGUGGUAGUGUCGAACAUUUUUCUGAUAAAUCUGAAGCUACCAUCAACGCCAUUCUCGCAAACAAAUCAAUUUCCCAAGGGGUGACUGCAUGGUGGAGAUCCAGGUAUUUGCAAGUACAAAUGUCGUUAUUCAUCGAACCGUCAAGUAUCAUUUGCUCGAUUUGCUCUCAUUUGCACAGUGGGCAAAUCAUCAAUGACAUCUUGCUUACUGAUUACGUCUCAGAAGGUCUUAUUAAACAACUUUACACUUCCUACUAUCUUGAAAGUGCCAGAAAUUCUAUCCAUGCAGAAAUCGAAACCCUUACCAUCCCAUCAUUAGAGAAGGCCAAAACUUUAUCUAAUCUUGAACUCGUUUUGACCGGUGCAAAAGCCAGAAGAACAAAAUAUCAACAGAAGGCGGUUUCCAGUUUGAUUGUGUUGGCAAAAUCUACAUUGCCUUUGUUACCAAAUGAUGAAAUUGAUAGCUCUGAAGAACAAGGGAAUUUCAUUGAAAACAAAGAAUUGAACUCCGAUUUCCUUUUGGAAGUGCCUAAAUAUGAAUCUCUCAAUGACGAAGCGGUAAACGAGAUUAUGGAAAAUGACGAUAUUCAAAGUGGGAAGAGUCUCAAGCGUAUAAAAUUAUCAUUCGAUGGCUAUAAUGAACAAUAUGAAGAAUCUACUAAAACCAACCAGCAGAGAUUAUUGCCAAUUGCUAUCAGAACGGAAAAUAUUCCCCAAUCUUUGAAAGAGCUCGAUGCCAAUGAACAACCAAGGUUGAAUGAUUUGGACAGCAUUCAAGUUUUCUUGAGAAUGAUGACUUUGAGACAGAUUUCGCCAUCAGGAAGUCAUUUGAUCGAAGAAGAAUUGGCGGCGUUGGUUUCCAGAGUCAUUGCCAAUAAUGCCGAAGAUAUCAGAAAAGACUUCCCGGCCAUGAACUGGUUGCUUUUCUCUAAAGCAUUAUGGGAAAGAUCUUGGCUUGAAGCCACGAAGGCCAAAACUAUCGAGAGAGGGAUUUUCCAAAUGCAGGCAUUAGUCGAAGAAAUGAAUGCCAAAAUCCAGACACGGUUGUUCCCGGUGGACGAUAAACAAAUCGAUGGGGAAACUUGUUCCUCGGCUACUAGAUUAAGAUACAUCAAUCAACUACCGUUGGCCCCAAGAUGGUCGCUUGAUGUUGACUUGGCAGAAAAGUUUAUGUCGAUUGGGGUGAUCAAAUCAGCAGUGGAAAUUUAUGAGAGAUUGCAAAUGGUUAAUGAUAUGGCGGCUUGUUAUAUUUCGGUAGGACAGGAAGCCGAGGCAGAAAAGGUUUUAAGACAGAGAUUAGAAACACAUCCAAAUGAUUCAAGAUCAAUGUCUAUUUUGGGUGGGUUGACCCAAGAUCCAACAUUAUGGGAAAAGGCCUGGGAAUUGAAUAAAUAUCAAGGGGCUAAAGUUUCGUUGGCGAGAUAUUACUAUAAUAAAAAACAUGAAGAUCGUCAAAAUAUGUUGACCGCCAUCAAGCACAUGAACGAGGCAUUAACCCAAAAUCCUUUGAAUUUCCAAAAUUGGUAUUUUUACGGUUGUUUGGGUUUGGAAUCUGAACAGUAUGAAUUAGCAGCAGAAGCCUUCACUAGAUGUGUUUCUAUUGAGGAUGCCCACAACCAUAGUUGGAGUAAUUUGGGCAGUGCUUUGCUUAAUAUCAAUAAACCAAAAGAAGCGUUCAAUGCUUAUCAAAACGCCAUUAGAACCAGCGAGGUAUCUAACUGGAGAAUUUGGGAAAACUAUUUGACCACUGCAGUGAAGGUAGGGGACUGGAUCCAGGUGAUUAGAGCCGCUAAGACUUUGAUUGAAUUGAAAAACGAUGAAUCUGCCAUUAAUAUGAGAGUUGUCGAUGCAUUAGUGGCACAAAUCACUUCUGAAGAAUAUCCAACCCAGAAAGAUGGAGAAGAUGAAGUCAAGCUUACAUUUCUCCAGAAAUCGUCAUUGGAUUACAUUUGUAACCAGGUUCCAAAAGUUAAUACCAAGAAUUCGAGAUUAUGGAAAGUACAGGCGAGAGUCGAAUUAUGGGCUAAGAAACCUUGGAAUUCUCUCAAUUGUAUGGAAAAGGCUUACAGAGUUGAUUUGAACAAUGAAAACUUGCUCACUGAUGAAAGCGUUUGGGAUGCUGCUGUGGAAUCUUGUGCUGAUUUGGUUGCCUCUUAUGAAUCUCUUGGGGAAAUGCCUGGUAAACACGGAGCUGGGGAUUUAGUAUGCAAAGAUUGGAAAUUUAAGGCAAGAAGUUCGAUUAGAACUUUGAUGAGUAAAGGGAAAAUGAGCUGGGAGGAUUCUAACGGUUGGGAUAAACUCGUUGAGAUCAAGAGUGAUUUAUAA